CUGCGAUCCAUAUCGAACUCAGACACUGAACAGCUUGACCGGGAUUAGACCUCAAAACCUGUCAGUGUCUUGAUAAAGAGCCAAUUACAUAUUUCACAUGGACAUAAACAGAGGAGUACACGGCUUGUCGUGGACUUUGGGAAUGUGAGUGCGCGUUUAUUAGGAGGACUGUGAGUGUGGAAAGUGUUGAGGGUCUUCUGUACGUGGCAGCGAGUAAAUCUCUGCAAAACAUCUCAAACAUUGCGGAGGACUGUUUAUUAAACCCUUUAGCACUCAACUCAGAAUCGGAGGUCUUGCUUGACAAUGUCGACGUUUCUGGUGAUAACCGUGUUUGCUCUGUCAUGCCUCUUUUCGGCCACGCAAGCAGAAAUCUUCACAUCAAUUUGCCAAAUGACAGACCUGAUAUUUACAGAGAGGGAGCUCGUCCAAUCCCUGAAAGAAUACAUCAAAGCAGAGGAAUCCAAACUUGAAGCUGUGAAGAGCUGGGCUAAUAAACUGGAUCUGUUGACACGUGUGUCCACCUCGGACCCUGAAGGCUUCCUGGGUCACCCGGUGAACGCCUACAAGCUGAUGAAGAGACUGAACACGGAGUGGUCAGAACUAGAGAGCUUGGUGCUACAGGAUCCUUCAGAUGGCUUCAUCUCCAACAUGUCGGUGCACAGACAGUAUUUCCCUGAUGAAGAGGAUGAGAAAGGAGCAGCUAAAGCUCUGAUGCGUCUGCAGGACACGUAUAAACUGGAUUCUGAGAGCUUCUCUAAAGGCAAACUGCCAGGGGUGCGCUACAAUGCUCUACUGACAGUAGAUGACUGCUUUGACAUGGGGAAACUGGCGUACAAUGAGAAUGACUAUUAUCAUUCAGUGCUGUGGAUGCAGCAGGCCCUCAGACAGAUGGACGCUGGAGAAGAGGCAAAGACACUGAAGGCUGAUAUUUUAGAUUAUCUCAGCUAUUCAGUCUAUCAGAUGGGAGACCUGCCACGAGCCAUCGAGCUCACACGACGUCUGGUGGCCAUUGAUCCCAGCCACCAGAGGGCAGGAGGGAACCUGCGCUACUUUGAGCGUUUGCUUACUAAAGAGCUGAGGGACAUGGGUCAGAGCCAACAGGAGCUAGCGGAUGAGAGACCAAUUCAGCUGGACACUUAUGAGCGACCCAAAGACUACCUGCCUGAGAGAGAGGUGUAUGAGGCCCUGUGCAGGGGAGAGGGCGUCAAAAUGACUCCACGGAGACAGAGCCGACUGUUCUGCCGCUAUCAGGAUGGAAACCGAAACCCUCGUCUGCUGCUCAAGCCGAUGAAGGAGGAGGAUGAGUGGGACAGUCCUCAUAUCGUCCGCUUCCUGGAGGCCUUGUCUGACGAAGAGAUCGAGAAGAUCAAAGAGUUAGCCAAACCCAAGCUUGCAAGGGCCACAGUGAGAGAUCCAAAAACAGGUGUCCUGACAGUCGCCCAUUAUAGAGUUUCCAAAAGUGCGUGGUUGGAAGGAGAGGAUGAUCCAGUGAUAGUGCGGGUCAAUCAGAGGAUAGAGGACAUCACUGGAUUAACUGUGGACACUGCAGAACUGCUUCAGGUGGCUAACUAUGGCGUUGGAGGUCAAUAUGAACCACAUUAUGAUUUCUCUAGGAAAGAUGAACCUGAUGCUUUCAAAUCAUUAGGCACUGGAAAUCGUGUGGCUACUUUUUUAAAUUAUAUGAGUGAUGUGGAGGCUGGUGGAGCUACUGUAUUCCCAGAUUUUGGUGCUGCUAUCUGGCCUAGAAAGGGAACAGCAGUAUUCUGGUACAACCUCUUUAAGAGUGGAGAAGGAGACUACAGGACGAGACACGCAGCCUGUCCUGUUCUAGUAGGCAGUAAAUGGGUUUCAAACAAAUGGAUUCAUGAGAGAGGUCAAGAGUUCAGACGACCAUGUGGCCUGACUGAAGUGGACUGAUAGUGAGAUCAGUGAUAAACUCAACACCACCUGCAGUGCCUUUGACUCUGCAAAAACACACACACACACACACACACACACACACACACUCCAGACGCCCCAAGAAUUUACAGCAGCGCCCAUCCGGACUAACUAGCUAUCAGACCUGUGCAGACUGGGGUUUGUGGAGUGUUCUUUCUGUAAGGGAUUUGUUUUAUUUUCAGUGUUUUAAUGUCUUCAUGUUUGUUUGCAGAUUAUGAAUAUGCAAAGUGCUAAUGCACUGGACUAUCACUUCAUACCAGAAGUCUUAUUGUGUUUUUAUGUAAUGCAUAAAUUAUUGUCCUGUUUUUGGUGUUUAUUUUAUAUUGAUGUUUGGUUUGCAAUAAAAAUGUGUACA